UAAAAAUCUGAAUCAAGCUGGAUAAUAAAAGGUGAUGAAAUGUUUUUGAAAACUCAAUAUGCCAAAGACUAGUCGAGCUGUAAUUUUAACUACCAUUUUGGCAGCGUCUCUCAGCGUAACUCAAUCAAAGCGGACAUAUGGUAACGUUCCUGAUGUUCUAAAUGAAGUACUUAUAAAAUACGAAGGUAUUUAUAAUAAUUCUAAUAAUAAUGACAAAAUCAAAGACAACCGAAGGUCUUCGUUUAAGGAUCCAGACAUUGAAAGAGCAAUACGUAAGAAAAUAACCGAAUUGAAGCCUAUACUUGACGAUGACAGGAUACAUGAUAGUAACGGAAAAAUAGAUGAUCGCGAAAAUGGAGAGUCAUUUAUAGAUUCUUCAAAAACAGGACAGGUUGAUACCCCAAACCAGAAAUAUAAGAAAAUGAGGAACGAAAUAGAAAAGCUUUUAAAGGUUGAACCCAUAUCGGUAGAAACUAAACGUAUUGUGAUUGAAGCUUUAGAUCAGAUCGAAACUGAAUUGAACAUGAAUGAUUGCGUUUUGAAGAAGGCAGAAGGAAAUGUCAUGCGAAGAGGAAAGUUACGUAGAAGCGAACCUUCUAUAGUUAUUCCCAAGAACAUGGCACAGACGGAAUUAAUUAUGAAACAUAUAAAAGAAAAAUGGGAUAAAGUAGUAAGUCAAUACUCGAUGCCCGCUGAUUCGAAAACUCAUAAUGAUACGACUCGAAAAGUUGCAUUUGUGUUCCUUACACAAUUAAGACAGUUUGUUUUUGAUGUUCAUGACGAUUAUACAAAACUACAAAACAAGUAUACGAUUAAAUGUUCGUCUAAUAAAAUAAAAAUACACGCUCCAAUUUUUAAACAAACAAAAGAACUUAAUAGUGAUGAUACGUGCAGUGACCUUGUUAUAUGUUCGGCAGAACUAUUAGAUUUCUUAGCAGAUUUUUAUAAUCAAUUAAACGAAACAUGUUCUGAAGUGUUCAGGAACUAUAUUGAGAUGUAUGAAAGAGAAGUUGAAGCAGGUAAAGAUGAGAAAAAAUCUUUUAAAAAUGUCUUAGAACUUAUUUUAGAUCACGCACGAGAUAAGAUAAAGAAAAUGUUUUCAAAAGAAUUAGAAAAUCUAAACGAAAUUUUGAAUAAUUUAGAAAAAAGAAGUGAUGGUCUUAAAAACAUAAUUGAUAGAACAGUAGAUAAUAGUAAAGAGUUAAUUUACGCUUCGCUAUCUAUGAAACUGAAGAAAUUGAAACCCAAACUUCGUUUAACUAUUAAAGAAGAUAUAGACGUUUCUAUUGGCAUAGAAUUGGGAAAUCUACAAAAAGUAUUUAAGGAUAAAAUGUGUGUAGUAUUUCGAACUUGUAACGGUGAUAUUGCAUUGCGGAAAAGUAUCACAGGUACCACAGGGCAGGAUGAUCAUAUGGAUCCAAAUAGCAUUAAAAUAAGAUUAAGACUAGGACCUAUUAUACCAUACAAGAGAAAUAAUUAUGAUCAUAGAAAAAAACAAUUGAAAGGACACACAAACAACACCCUGGAAUUGAAUGACAAAGUAAGUGCAAGAAAAAUUAAUAUUGUUAAAUCUUUUAAUAUCAGUGAAUAUACUCGUGCAGUAAAUGUGACAAGGACGACAUAUGCAGAGUUUACUGAGAAAGCUACAACAGUAAUAAUGGGAAAUUCGUCGCAAGUGGAAAAAAAUGUAACAGAGAGUGAAGACUCCUUAAUUUUCUAUUUUUAGUACAAAAUAUAUAUGUGAUAACUGAAA